AUGGUUCAAUUCGAUCCGAACGUGCGCAUGGGUAGUCCAAGCAGUCUCCCAUAUGAUCCAGACCAGGAUGCCGCUGAAAAACGCGACAUUCGGAAAAAAUAUCGUGCUCUUGAAAAGAGGACAGGAGAACAACUUCGCCCACAAGACAUAAGGGCUGCUGAACUCGUUGAACAAGUCGAAGAAGCUGAUGAACUGUUUCAAAAAGUGAAAAAUCCGACCGAGGCUACCCUCGAUUCCACUGUACUUCGGAAUGUAUCAAGUAUUAGUGCGCAGAAGGCCCGUGCAAUGAAACUUGGUUCUGCCGCCUUCGACAUUGAUGACUUCGUCUCCAAACUUGCUAUAUUUAUGGGCGGCAGACACGAGCUUGCAGACGAUGCUUCGGAACUAGAUGACAUCGGUGACUGCGUAAUGGAUUGGGAGAAAGUUGGUCGGAGGGCACUCGCGAAGAGCAGAAGGGUCCCAGUAAUGGGAUUCAUGCUCGGACCUCUUUCAGUAGAACAAAAAAAACGUGCCCCGGUCAAACGCGCCAAGCUUGAGAAGAGCAAAGAAGAAGAACGAAGACCUCAGGAGAUUAAAGAAGACGACAUUCAGCGGUCAGAGAACGAAACCACGAAAAACGUAAUCAAGAUCAGAGAAAUCCUUGAAGAGUCAGGUUCUGUGAACCUCUUCCGCUUUGUAAUCAACCCCGACGACUUUGCACAGUCGGUUGAAAACAUAUUUUACCUCUCUUUCCUCAUCCGAGAUGGCCUUUGUGCCCUCGAAAUCGACGACAACGGAGAACCAAUCAUAUUCUUAUGCGAAGCGCCUAGUGCACAAGACCGCGCGGACGGGGUAACGUGCCACCAAAUAGUUAUGGAGUUUGACAUGGCUACAUGGAGGGUAACACACGUCCAUUUCGUGUUGCGUGCUAUAGAAGUUUUCGAGAUCACCGAGUCUAUGAUACCUCAGAGACCUGCAGCUAAGACGAGAUUGGGAGGCAAGUGGUAUGGCUGA